AAUACAUAUGCCCGGGUAUUUAAAGCCGUUUUUCGGUUGCAAAUAUACACAGCAAUGUGAAACAGCGUGCUUUACACACGCAUUUAAAGAGUAUAGGGUUCGAACCCUUGUGGUUGUAGUAGCAGGCCAAGACUUACUUCGGAGGAGAAAUUCUGAGAGAUAAAUAUGGUGAAUGAAGAGAAAUUGCGAGCGGCCAUGGGCCAGAGCCGGAACAUCCGCAACAUGGCGGUGAUUGCACACGUGGAUCACGGCAAGACGACUUUGACGGACGCGCUGCUUGCGCGUGCGGGGGUCAUCUCGCUGGAGCAGGCGGGUGUCAAGCGGGCCACUGACACGCGCAAGGAUGAGCAGGAAAAGGGGAUCACCAUCAAGUCCACUGCCGUCUCAAUGUUGUUUGAGCGUGCAGCGCCUACAAGCAGCCUCAACCCGGGGGAGGAGAAUCCCGAGGGGGUCGGAGAGGGCGUUACGAGGCCUGCGGGUAGCGGAGCGGGCGUGGCGUACGUCGUCAACCUGAUCGACUCUCCUGGGCACGUGGAUUUCUCCUCCGAGGUGACGGCGGCGCUGCGCAUAGCGGAUGGCGCUAUGGUGGUGGUGGACUGUGUGGAAGGCGUCUGCGUUCAGACGGAGACGGUCCUACGCCAGGCGCUUGCAGAGCGGAUCAAACCGGUUCUAAUGGUGAACAAAAUGGACCGAGCUGUGUUCGAGACACAGCUGGCGCCGGAAGAGAUGUAUCAGUCGCUGGCGCGAACCAUCGAAAACGUCAACGUCAUUCUGUCCACGUACGGAGGCGAGGACGGAGUUAUGGGGGACAUAAUGCUCGAUCCAACAAAGGGUAAUGUGGCGUUCGGAUCCGGACUGCACGGCUGGGGCUUUAACCUGGGCCAGUUUGCCCGGAUGUACGCCGCCAGGUUCAAGGUGAAGGCCGAGAAGCUUCAGCGACGUCUGUGGGGGAACCACUUCUACAGCCCCACCGAGGGGAAAUGGAGGGACACGCCCGCGGAGGGAUACGAACGAGGGUUUAACAAGUUCGUCAUCGAGCCCUUGGUUAAGAUGCUGCGUGCCUGCAAAGACACGGAUACAGAGACGGUGCUCAAGUUAGCGUCAAACGUUAACGUGACGCUGACGUCAGAGGAACGCGCGCUUACCGGAAAGAGCCUGAUGCGCUGCGUCAUGAAGAAGUGGCUCCCCGCCGCAGAGGGGAUGCUGGACGUGAUCAUCGAGCACCUGCCGUCACCGGAUGUGGCCCAGAUGUACCGGACGGAGCUGCUUUAUGAGGGCCCCAUGGAUGACCCUGUAGCUAUAGCCAUGCGCAAGUGCGAUCCCACCGGGCCCCUCAUGGUGUACGUAUCCAAGAUGGUGCCGGCAGCCGACAAGGGUCGCUUCCUCGCCGUCGGGCGCGUAUUUUCCGGGACCGCGUCCUCUGGGACCAAGGUCAGGAUUAUGGGACCUGAUUACAAACCGGACAGCGCCAUCAAGACGGACUUGUUCAUCAAGCCUAUUCAAGGAACAAAAAUCUUGGUUGGCGCUACCACCUACUCUGCUGGCGACAUGCCGUGCGGGAACAUCGUCGGCCUUGGUGGCAUCGACAAGUACCUCCUGAAAACCGGAACCAUAACAACGUACGAGCAUGCGCAUAACAUGAAGGUCCUCAAGUUCUCGGUGAGUCCCGUCGUGCGCGUGGCUGUUGACGUAAUCAACCCGGCGCACCUGCCGAAGCUGGUAGAAGGACUAAAGCGCUUGAGCAAGGCCGACCCCAUGGUGCAGUGUAAGACGGAGAACGGGCAGCACCUGGUGAUGGGGGCGGGCGAGCUCCACCUAGAGGUGUGUCUGCAAGACCUGGAGGAGGACCACGCCGGGGUCCCGCUUAAGAAAUCAGAGCCCGUCGUGACUUACCAGGAAACUGUGGUGGACAAGUCGGACCGCGUCUGCCUGGCGAAGUCGAGCAACAAACUGUGUCGUCUCCACAUGACCGCUGAGCCUCUACCCGCCGGUCUGGCAGACGCCAUUGAAAAGGGCCUCAUAAAGAGUACCAUGGACGUAAAGGAGCGAAGCCGCAUUCUAGUUGACGAGUACGGAUUCGAACUGGCGGACACCAAGAAGAUCUGGUGUUUCGGACCGAACGGAUCCGGUCCUAACAUCCUGGUCGACAUGACUAAGGGAGUCAGCUACAUUCAAGAUAUCCGGGACGCCGUUGUGGCGGGAUUUCAGUGGGUCACUGGAGAGGGCGCGCUCACAGAAAACACAGUGCGCGGUGUCCGCUUCAACAUCGUGGACGCGCUCGUUCACCGGGACGCCAGCCACCGCGGCGGUGGACAGGUGAUCCCCAUGACUCGCCGGGCGAUGCUGGCCGCCAUGUUGACGGCGCAGCCACGAGUGCUCGAGCCCGUGUACCUCGUCGAGGUCAUGUGCCCAAAACAAGCGGUAGGGGCCGCCAUCAACCUGCUGUCAAGGAAACGAGGGGAGAUAAUCGAGCAGAAUCCGCAAGAGGGCACUCCGAUGACCACAGUAAAGGCCUACAUGCCUGUCAAUGAGUCUUUCGGUUUUAACGGAGAAUUGCGCGGGGAUACUGGCGGCCAGGCCUUCCCACAAUUCCACUUUGACCAUUGGCAGGUACUCGCGGGCGACACGGCGGAUUUGACAUCACGGGCAUGCGCAGUUGUCACCGAGAUCAGAAAGAGGAAGGGUCUUGUAGAGAAAGUACCGGCAUUGGAAAACUAUCUUGACAAGCUCUAGCAAUAACAAAGAACUAACUUCCAUGUUAAACGUUUAAAUGUUAAGCCACACAAACAAAAAAAACGUGCAAUACAAACGAAAGGACUGACUUAAAUUUACAAAAUGCAACUGUGUCAAUGAUUUAAGUGAUUUCAAUAAAUGUUUGUCAUUUAAAAUAAUUA